GGUCGGGCUGCCCCACUCUCUCCGCGUGCGCCCGGCCGCCAUGGAGCGCAACUGGAGCGCCGUCGGGGGGCCGGGCAAUGGCUCCUCGUCGAGCGCACCCGGGGAGGCGGCGGCCGCGUGGGCUUUCGGCGCUGUGCUGUCGGUGAUGUAUGUGGCCGGCGUGGCGGGCAACGUGUACACGCUGGGUCUGCUGUGGCGCUCGGGGCGGUGCGCCCGCGGCGCGCCCUUGUCGGGCUCCAUCGCCAGCCUGGCGCUGGCUGACCUGCUCUACCUGUGCUCCAUCCCCUUCAUCGUGGGCACGUCGGUGGCGCAGGACUGGUACUUCGGCGAACUGGGCUGCCGCGUGCUGCUCAGCCUGGACCUGCUCACCAUGCACGCCAGCAUCUUCACGCUGACCGUCAUGUGCACCGAGCGCUACCUGGCCGUCACCAGGCCGCUGGCCACGCGGCAGCGGUCGCGGCGCUUCAGCAAAGCCACGGCCGGCGCCGUCUGGGGGGUGUCGCUGCUGCUCACGCUGCCCAUGAUGCUGAUGGUCACGCUGAGCCGCAGCAAGGACGGCAAGCACAUCUGCGCGCCCACCUGGAGCCCCGACGCCUACCGGCUCUACCUGACGGUGCUCUUCAGCACCAGCAUCCUGGCCCCGGGGCUGAUCAUCGGCUGCCUGUACGCGCGCCUGGCCACCACCUAUCUGGAGUCGCAGAGGAACCCUCCGCGCAAGAAGGAGCCCAAGCGCUCCCCGCGCCAGAAGGUGCUCAUCCUGGUCUUCACCAUCGUGCUGGUCUUCUGGGCUUGCUUCCUGCCCUUCUGGAUCUGGCAGCUGGUGCCCCUCUACCACGGGCCCCUCGGGCUCGCGCCCCACACCCAGAAGUGCAUCAACUACCUGGUGACCUGCCUGACCUACAGCAACAGCUGCAUCAACCCUUUCCUCUACACCUUGCUCACCAGGAACUACCGCGAAUACCUGCGCAACAGGCACAGCAACUUCUACCGCUUCACGUCGUCCUUCCGCAAGAGGGGCUCCAGCCUGCACUGCUCCUGGAGGCGAUCCACCUCCUCCGGCACCCACGGCGAGUCCGGGUCCGAGGCCCUGAGCAUGGCCACGUUAAGGGACUGCAAAUGAACUCUCUUCCCCCGGUUUCUUAGGAGCAGCUUGCAAACACCUCCGAGAUCCAGGUGGGCCUGGGCAAGGUAAGGCCUCCUAUGUGUCUGACUAAAGUUUGGGAGGAGUUGGGCCCACUUCCAAGGAGGGACACUUAAGUAAAGAAAGGCUUGUGUAGAAUGAGCCUAGCUUUGCUUACUCAGAAGUAGAUCCUUUUGAUUUCAGCCAGACUUGUUUCCAAGCAAGUACUGCUAGCCUAACUGUGCCAGCUACCAACAGUUCCAUUAAGCACUGGUGAAACUUUGGAGUAAAUAUGUGCAGCCUUGUACAAUAAGCUUGUUAAUUCAGAAGUCUUCCUUGAUGGCACUGCAGCCCGAUGCUGUUCAUAUAAAAUGGAAACUCCCUUUUGAAUUUGGUGGGUUUUACUCCUAAAUAGGCGUGCAUAAUCAUGCAGUCUUAAAUUAGAUCAUGUCAGUUGUGAAUCUUGUUAAAGUGGACUAAAAAUAAAAGGUAUGCCCUUUUUAAAGUAGUUGGGCAUCCUGGUUCAUGUGUGAUUUGUCUUUGCAGUGAAAACCCGGGAUUUUUUAGAUUUUUUAUUUGCUUCUGUCAAAAUCCUAUUCAAGUAUCACUUGUGUAAAGAUGCUUUCAAUAUGGCAUAUCUAAACCUAUCUCUGAGUGGUCCCUAGGAUCAGCAGUUGGCAGAACCUCUGAUUGUGCCCCUCAAAGUUAAGUCCACAGGCUGUGCAGUUGUAAAAAAGGGGGAAAUAAAUUUGGGAGCUAGAACAGAUGUAGAAGAGACCUGCUAGCAGGCUGCUAAGGUGAAGCACUGGUCCCUCACACUUGCUUCUCAGAGCAUCUCUGCUCUGGCAAAACUAUUGCUGACUUGGUCCACAGAGGAAAAAGUGGCACCAACCCAAAUAUUCUAGUCCAGACAAUCCCAACUUCUGAUCAAAUUCUCUCCCCCACCUCUUAACAAAAAAUAUAAAAAGGCCUGGAAUGACACUGG